GCGUCCAGCGGCCUGUGUCCAUCGGACCUGGACCGGCGAUUCUCGUGGUCUUGGCGGUUCAUCUCAUCGCCAUUCUCCUGGAGGGUUGCUGCAAAACCCGACGGUGUCGCGCAGAAGCAGGGCGUGGCGGACGAGGCAGUCACGCCACGAGCAGAUGCUGAAGCGCCUCGGCGCCGCGUUCACCAAUCUCUUCCGCGUCCCGCCAGCCAAGGAUGUUGCACCAUCUGGAGCGCCAGAGGCCUCCACCGACACGCUCUCAGCCGCAUCGCAUUCUGCUGCGCCCGUUGCUGCGCCGACCUCGGUGGUGCCGUCGGCGGGCGCAUCAGCUGCUUCCACUCACGGAUUGGACGCAGUUGCCUCCGUUCCUGGAGCCGCGCCCGCCGCCACAACCACACUUGACGCGCCCGCAGCAGCCACACCCACCGCACCCGCCGGGCCCUCUGCCCAACCCACAGCCGCGCCGGCGGCGCCAGCAGCGGGCGGUUCGGUCGCCGACAUGCUGAUUUCGGCGCUGGUGGCCGAGUUCGAGCGCCAGGGCUUCAGCAGCCGUGAGCAGGUGGCGUCGAUGACGCGUGCGCAGGUCGAGAACGUCGUGCUUCAAUUCGUGAGCGGCGAGCCCGACACGCUCCUGCCCACGCGAGAAGGCGAUCUGAAGACGGCGCUGCUGCCGGACGUGGCCGAGGCGGGCGACGAGCGCCAAUGCCGCGCGUUGCUCGCGGCCGGCGCGCGUCCCGACGCGCGCCGGCGUACGGGCGAGACCGCGCUGGCGCUUGCCGCCAAGAAUGGCCACGUCGCGUGCGUCGGCGCGCUGCUCGGCGCGCACGCCGACCCACAUGCGAGCAUGCCCGACGGCCGGACGGCGCUGCACGCCGCGUGCGCCGCCUCGUUCGAGGAGACCGCCCUCGCGCUGGUCGACGCGGGCGCGAGCCUGAGCGCGCGCUCCGCGAGCGGCAACACACCGCUCCAGCUGCUCAGCACGUCGGCGUAUGCGGCGCUGCCCGUCGAUCUGCUGGGCGGCGCGCCUACUGGCAGCGACGCGCCAUGGGCCAAGCGCCCCAUGCCAUCGCGUGGCGGCUUGGACAUCGAGGUGGCGCUAGCGAGCGCUCGCGAGGCGAUGGCGGUGCGCCUCGCCCGUUACGCCACCGGCGCGCUCCAAGCGUCGCCGCUCGAGAUUGGGCGCGACCCCUCCUUCCCGCGCCGGCUGUACGAGUGGCGGCGCUGGAGCCCGAGCGUGCACGGCUUCUUCCCACGGGCCUUCCGCGAGGUGGUGUGGCUGCUGCUGCUGCACGCGCGGCGCGGCACGGGCGCGGGCGGCCUCGCCCUCCUGCCUCCGGACCUGCUGCUCGACGUGCUGCGCAAGCUGACGCGCGACGACGUCGAGGUGGCGGCGGACGAGCGUCGCGCCUUCGAGAACGCUGUGCCAAAGGCGACCUCGCCCAUGAUCGACUGCCGCCCCGUGAUGCUGCGCGGAUGGCCGCACGUGGUCGCCGCGGCGGAUACACUCGCCCGUGGAGGUGGGGGGGGGUACCUCACUCCCCUGUCGCUCAGCGGUCCCGAGCCAGCGGCAGCUGACCCCCCCUCCCCUCGGUAUCAGAAGCAGAAGAAGGCGGCGGCGGCGCGCGAGAGGCGAGAGCGAGCCAAGAUCGAGAAGCAGUCCGCCAAGAUGGCCGCGGCGGCGGCGGAGGCGGUCGCGGCGGCGGGAAGCAAGCGGCCGGCCGAGACGGCACCGGACAAGGAUCCGGCCGGCGGCCGGGCGAAGCGCGGGCCGGCAGCGGGCGGCGGCGGCGGCGGGCGGAGCGGCGGCGGCGCGUGCGACAGCGACGGGUCGCGGCUCAACGCGGCGCUGCAGGCGGAAGUGAUCGCGCUGAAGGCGCAACUGGCGGCGAAGACUGAGGCGGCGGCGGCGGCGUCGCUGGCGCACGCGGCCAAGACGGCGGAGCUGGCGCGAGCGCGGGAGGCGCUGUUGCCGAAGUCUGGGCCGCUCGAACCGGUCAGCAUCGAGCAACGCAACGAAGCCUUUCGCGUGCGCUCCGACGGCCAGGCGCGAGGCGACGCGGCGACCGUGCGGGCUUCGCAGCGAGCGGUAUCCAAGACCGCCGAUUCUUUGCCGGCCGAUCCGUACCAGGCGGGCGUCGUGCUCGACGCCGUCGUGAAGAGGUACCCGGAGGCGGCGGCCUCCGUCGGCCUGCGAACGCAGUCCGACGUCUCUUUGGCUGAGGAGCUGCUCGGGCGCGUGCGCAAGUCACUCGCGGGCAUCUUCGCGACGGACGGGAAGCGGUCGCGCGGGUCGCUGUCGAACGAUGAGCAUCAGGCGGUCGACACACUGCUCGUCUUUCUGGCGCAGGAGGAGGAGGGCGAGGCGCUGCAGCGCGGCCGACACGCGAAGAAGGCGAAGGCGGACGGCGGCGAGGUGCCGGUCGCCAAGGUGUCGCGCGUGCGCGAGAUCGCUGAGCUGCUCGGCAUGUCGCCGUCCACCACGCACCGCCGCCUCGUUGCGGCCCUCGAGCGGCGGCGCAAGCUGGAUGACCCCGAGCUGCGGGCGUAUUGGCUUGCAACGCGGACGCUGCUCGGCCACCGGCACAGUGACGAGGUGAAGCGCAUGGUGCUCGAGUUCUACGUGGCGCACCCCUCGAUCAAGCGCUCGCCCAUCAAGUCCGACGUGCUGAAAUUCAAGGACGACCAGGGCGAGGACAUCUUCGUGCCCAAGCUGUUGAGCGAGGUCUCGCUGACGGACGUGUACCUCGACUUCAAAAAGGCCAACCCGACCGUCAUCAUUGGCGAGGCUGCCUUCCGGAAGCUGAGGCCACGCGAGCUGCGGCGCAUGACCAAGCGCCACUUGGACAUGUACUGCAUCGAGUUCCGGCUCCAGCACCAGGCCCUGAACCGGGCGCGCGCGUCGCUCGCCAAGCGGCACGGCGCCGGCUACACGGCCGCGUACGACCACGCCGCGCCCAAGGACGCCGUCGCUGCCUCGCUGUGCCAGCCAUGCGACGCGACGGGCUCGGCGAGCCUGACGUGCAUACUCGGCCGCUGCAAGCACUGCGGGGUGUCCAAGAUGAAGACGAGCCCGCGCGAGGAGGACACGUCGGCGACCGCCUACCGCGUCACACACCAGGUGUAUGAGACACGUGAGGUGGAGACGUCGUACGUCGACGAGACCACUGGCGACCGCAAGAAGACGUCGAAGCUGAUGCUGGUCGAGAAGACCGUGCCUAUCGGCGAAUUCAUGCAGCAGUACCGAGAGAAACUGCAAUACUUCUGCUUUCACAACCAGAUGGCAAAGUGGACCUGGAUGGUGCGCAAAGACAGGGCGGCCAUUCGGAAAGGUGACCUCUCGCUGAUCAUGGACUACUCGGAGAAACUCAACCGCCUGCGCAGGACGCAGAUUCAGACUGAGCAUUGGGUCAAUACCGCUAUCACUAUCGAGGUGGCUGUGGCUGAGGGGUUCAAGGCGACGAUCCCGGCGGACGACCCGGUGCUGGCCGGGCUCGCCUCCAUGUCGCCUGAGGAGCGGGGCAAGGAGCUCGACUCGCUCGGUGUGCUAGAGAAGCAGAUCUACUACCACUGCUCUGACUACAAGGCGCAAGAGGCCAAAGUGACGACGCACAACAUGCGUGUCAUGCUGGAUGAGCUGCUGCAAGCGAAUGUGCUACUAGACGGGGGCACUGUGUGGCUCAAGACGGACGGGUGCGCUAAACAGUACAAGUGCAGCAAAGCCAUGUACCUGCUCUGCGUGCUAGUCGCUGACCUGCGGGCGAAAGGGAAGCGUGUGACCAUCGACCAGAUGCUGGAGGUCACGGGGCACGGCAAGGACGAGGCGGACGGGCACGGGGGCGUGUUUAAGAACUGGCUCACCGGCGAGAUGAUGCGGUCGGACUUCAUGGAGGGGGACGAGUCGGUCGUCGCCUCGUCUGACGCAAGGGAGGGAGAGGCUGUCAGCUUCGCAGAUGCGUGCGCGAAGCGCGCGCGUGAGGGUUUUGGCGACCUCAAGCCGGCCGGGAUGAACUCCAAGCGGCGCGAGAAGUCGAACACCGCCGCGCGGCACGUGCGCACCUACGAGGAGCACGACAUUCGUGACGCGCCCGCCAUCAAGGAGAUGACCGCCGCGCUGGCUGCCGACGCGGAGGAGGGCGAGGACUCGAGGAUCAAAGCCACGCUCGGCCACAACAACUUCCGGGCCGACCCCGACCUGCAGAAGGACGGGAAGUACGUCAUUGCCGCGCGGCGGCUCGGGUGCCUUUGCGACGGCUGCCGCCGGGCCCUGGCGCGGCCGAUCGCGACGCGCUAUCAGCCGCACGACGACUGCGUGCACGCCGCAGCCUUUGGGCGCGACAACGACUGGAAACUGUGUGAGCUAGUGAGCAAGGACGGGGCGUCGGAGGAGCUCAUCGAGGAGGACGCGCAGCUGCAGCUCGAGGCGCGGACCGACGGGGUGGUGAGCGGGUUGGUGGCGGGCGAUAACAUUGCCUUUGCAACGGCGGACGAGGUCUACUACGCGCGGGCGCUAGGGCCGGCGUACCGGCUCGACGCGGACGUGGAGCUCGAGGAGCUUGAGGGCGGAGACGGCAAGGCGAUUCAGCUAGAGAAGGGGAGCCUCGUCAUCGACGCCUGGUACUACAACAAGGUCCCUGGCGUGAGCAACUGGAUGACUCCUUUUGAGGAGGGCGCGGCGGGAGGGCGGGUGCGCAUCCCGUCGCACCUCAUCCUUCACGCCGGGUUCGCCAUGCCGCUGGCUGUCGUACCUGCGCAGCGGGCUGCGGGGAAGAAGAAGAAGAAGGCCUGGGGGCUCCCUGAGGCCAAGGCCGAGGCGGUGGCUAAGGGUGCGGUGGUGGUGUCGGCAGAGGUGCGGGCGGCGUGCGUGGAGGAGUUGUCGCGCCGCGACGAGUAG